AUACUUCAUUCAUCGAAUAUACGUGAAACACAUGGUCGUUGGGGGUGUCUCACUUUGCCUAUAUAUCAGCAGCCACUUCACAAUUUCAGUUUCUAUCAAUACUGAAAAAUCACUUUCCCUCUCUUCCAUAUAUAUUUUCAGUAAAUUUCUUGUGACUAGUAGAAGAAAAAAUGGGGGCCAUGACUUGCAUAGACAUCCUUUUGGCCAUCAUCUUGCCUCCCCUUGGUGUCUUCUUCAAGUUUGGUUGCAAGUGUGAAUUCUGGAUCUGUUGUUUGCUGACUCUCUUCGGAUGGCUGCCUGGUGUUAUCUAUGCUAUUUGGGUCCUUACCAAGAACUGAUCAUCUCUUCCCGCAUGAGUUGGAUUCAAUCCCUCACCACACACUGAAGGACAGUGACGGACUUAGGAUUUUGAGUUCGGGGUGCUGGACCCAGAAAUUUUGAGUUCGGGAGUGCUCUAUUAACUAUUUAUAUCUGUUUCCUUUAUAUUUUUUAUACAGCUAUACACUCCGAGACUGAGUUUAAUGGGUGCUGGAGCACCCAAAAUUUGCUCAUGGAUCCGCCACUGGUGAAGGAUGAGGGGCUCACACCAUGUGAGCUACCCUUCAACCCCAUGGUGAUUGGCAAACUUAUUAUUAUUAUUAUUAUUAUUAUUAUUAUUA